AACACAGAUGACAACAACCACACCAAUGACGACGACAACAACAACAACGACAACAACAACAACAACAACAGCAACAACAACAACAACGCCAAUCACAGAACCCCCCAUAUUAGAAGAGAGGAACCUUUCGUUUACCAUGGACAUAGAUUUCCAAGAGUCAUACAAUAACCCAGACAGUAGUGUUUACAAAAACACUGUUGAUGCUAUUCAAAAGCAAUCGAAGGAACACAUCUCGGUUCCAACCACGGCAAGUUUAAUCGGGUUCAGGAGUGGAAGUACGAUUGCUGAGUAUUCAAUAAGGGCAACUUCUUUGGAAGACACGGAAAUCGGUGCAUUACAAGCAGGGGUACUGACACAGAUAGGAGAAACAUAUCGCGUACUGUUUGACAGCCCAGAUAAUUUAAAGUUUGACCCACCCGAUGUAUUCAUUAGCAACACCGUGACUGUGACAUGUGGUCCUCCACCGGGGAAUCUCAACUUAGUUAACUGGAGCGCAGAGUGGAGGCGUGACGACGUGCUGAUACGAGGAGACAGUGAACACAUGUUUUCAACAGAAAACGGAGCAGCAAUACUGACAGUGACAAAAUUUUUCCGCACUGACAAUGGUCGUUAUGAAUGCAAGCUGAUAGACAACAAUCCAAACCGACCUGGAGUGAAUUUUAGACAGAGAGGAGAAAUCAAAAUCAAAGAGACACCUGUGAUCCGAGUGACACCGAUCAGAAUUAAAGUGGCAUGUGUAGAUCAACAGGUAGCACUGCGGUGCUCCGUCAACAGUCCCUACGAGGUUGAGUUUCAAAACCUUACCGAAACAGUUAUUUCAGCUACAGAGAUAAGUUACAAUGCACAAAUUUCAACCUCCGACUGUGAAAGCAAAGAAAAGAAGUUCACUUGUCAAGUGAAGAGUUUUCCGAACUUCAGCAGAGCGAUAACACUGGAGUUGUCCACGGAGGAAUUUACCUGUAAGAACGACCCUGUCUUUGGUUACGGAAAGCUUAAUGAGCAGGCAGUAGGUCCCUGUGAGGAGGACAAGGUGGGAGAAAAAAUAGCGUCUUGUAAUGAAAGUGGACGAUGGGAACUUCGACGAGACAGCUGCGUUCUCCAGGUGGUUCAGGACCUGCUCAAUCAGUCACAGUCUUUGAACAACAAUUCACUGCCAGUGUUCUUGGACCAACUCGGGAACGUCACUGAGAACUUCACUGCAGACAUUGUUGGAUCCCCUGCAACCAUUACUGCCAUUGUUGAAAUACUCAACAAUGUAGCCCUGGCAUCAUUACAAAUCCCCAUCAAUAGAAAUUCAAUGGAGGACGUCCUACGAACAGCAGGAGUUCUCACCAGAGAUGAUGCAAGGGAUUCAUGGGAAUUUCUAAACACCAAUGACACCAGUAGCAUGACUGCAACAAAGAACAACAUCACCACACCUGAAAGCGUCAGCUCAACGUUACUGCUGUCGCUUGAAAACAUCACAGGCAGCCUCACGGCUGAGUCUUUUGAUAUUGACACGCCCUUAAUUCUCUUGAACAAAACUACAUUCACAGAAACUUUCAACGCUGACUUUAAUUCCUCAGUGGGGAUAGACGUCCAAGAGUCUGAUGGAAGACAACAGUCAAUAACUGUGAUAACAUUCGCCUCAAUGGAUAACAUACUCCCUGCGAGAGACCAAGACAAUUCAACCUCCAAUGUCAUCAAUGGGAGAGUCGUACUCGUUCGGUCCAAUAGCACCAUCAACAACGUUUCGUUCACAUUCGAUGUCAUAAACACAAAUCUGAGUAACCCUCAGUGUGUUUUCUGGAACUUCAGUCUCUUCAGCGGUCUCGGGGGAUGGGACAGUGAAGGCUGCGACCUGGAAUACAAUGUAAACGACACUGUCACCUGCAACUGCAACCACCUGACCUCGUUCUCCAUCCUAAUGUCACCCAACAGUCCAGACAAUACGGUGUUGGAUUAUAUAACCUACAUUGGAGUUGGCAUAUCCAUGGCCUCCCUGGUCAUAUGCCUUAUUAUUGAAGCUGUCAUAUGGAGGAAAAUAAGGAAGAACGCCACAUCUUAUUUGCGUCAUGUUUCAGUUGUUAACAUUGCCGUGUCUCUCCUGAUUGCAGACAUUUGGUUUAUUAUUGGGGCGGCCAUUUCAGAUGCAGAGGUGACCCAGGCGAACCGACCAGCGUGCUCAACAGCCACGUUUUUUAUCCAUUUUUUCUACCUGGCCCUGUUCUUCUGGAUGUUCGCCUCUGCUCUGCUGUUGCUCUACCGCACAGUGAAUGUCUUCGACGGGGGUUUGUCCAAAAAAUCGAUGUUGGCUAUUGGAUUCUGUCUGGGUUACGGGGCACCGCUCAUAAUUGCGAUCAUAACUAUAGCUGUAACUGAACCCCAGCAAGAGUACAUCCGGCAAACUGGGCAAUGCUGGCUCAACUGGGAUGAGUCCAAGGCGCUGCUGGCAUUUGUGAUCCCUGCGCUGUCAAUAGUGGCGAUAAACUUCGUUAUCCUGCUUGUGGUAAUAUACAAAAUGUUGAGGAGGAGGGCUGUGGGAGACGCUGCACGGGCCGAUGAGAGGCACGUUCUGGUGGUUAUUCUGAGGAGUUUGGCGGUCCUCACACCUUUCUUUGGAUUAACGUGGGCUCUGGGAGUCGGAACCAUAACCUCCCCUGACAACAUGGGAAUACAUAUUUCAUUUGCGUUCUUCAAUUCACUGCAGGGUCUCUUUAUUUUGCUAUUUGGAACGCUGUUCGACAGAAAGGUGAGGUCAGAGAUCGCAAUAAAGUCUCAAACCUCCACGAGUGGGACGAGGACCACCAGUGCUGGAAACUCAUCAUCCAGUGGAUUGGCCUUUUUUCGAAACUGGAGAAGAGGAAGAGAUGGCUACAAUAUAUCAUCAAGUGCCUCCGGUGCCUCCCAGUCCUUCACUGACACAUGAUGAACCCCGCAGAGGUCUCUGGUCGGUCCGGAUGACAACCACCCAGGAGAACAAGCUGCCUCACUUCUUUUUGUCUUUUUCAACGAUAUAAUUUAUGAAGGAUUCGGUCUUGGGGAAGGACGGACACGAGCUGUAAUACAGUGUAAUGUCAUAUUGUUUAAGUUGUAUCUUGUCGAGGCUUCGCUCACAAAAGCAUUAUGUAAUUCACACCAGCUAAAAUAUGUAUUAGUAUAGUGAUGAUGGUAGAUUUUAUAUCUGAUGACCUUCCAAAGUGAAGAGAGUUGCACUUUGUGUGUGUGUGUGUGUGUGUGUGUGUGUGUGUGUGUGUGUGUGUGUGUGUGUGUGACCCUGUACUUCAGGCAUAGUGGGGACCUUGAACACAUGUUGGAAAGUGGGGACAUUUGGAUGCUUCUCACUUUUCAACAGACCUUCAAGAGAAUCUUAAGACGUGGUUUUAAGGUUUUGCAAUAACAAAAGGUAUCAUUCCCGUACACAGUGCAGUAAGUCACAUUAGAGAUUACACUGGAAGUACCUAAACAAAAAAGUCCACUAGAUUGAGAACAACAAAAAAAUAUUAAUUCAUUCAGUCAUUUUGAUUUACUGGACAGUUUACAGUGAAAAGAGACAGAAGAAAGUCCAGGCCUGCAUGCUUCAGUCUACAAAGGGCAUUACAUCAUUGUUGCUGCUAUGCAAACACCCCACAUCAUCUAAAAAGGAUAGAUUUUUUUAGAUGACGACUUGUUAAUGUGAAUAGAGUUGAAGUGUGUGUGUGUGUGUGUGUGUGUGCGUGUGCGUGUGGACCUGCACAGUGAGGACCCUCCUCAUUUCAACAGACCUUCAGACGGAUGUUGAGAUGUGGUUUUAAGGUUUUGCGGUAACAAAAGUUAUCAUUAACUCACAGCGUGCAGGAUCGGAGAUUGCUCUCAGGCCAACACAGUACAAACAGAAAAAUGUUUUGUUUGGACAUCUAAAAGUAUUCAUCACAUCGCUCUUAAACAACGAAAGCAGAUGCAAAAUGGUUUUGGUUUACUUUGCCAAUCAAAUCAGUGAGACGACGACAGGCUGUCUUACACAGAUCAGUGAAGUUGUUUGCUCAAGGGUUGGCAUCACAAUGACAAACUGACCUGAGACAGGACGAUCAGUCAAAUCAAAGUGCAAGCAGCUGAUGGAAUUACACAGAGAAAAUAAGAAAGGAUCGUAAUUAUUUUAUUAUGCUGAGCAACAGGAAGAAAUCUCUCAAAACUUCUGUCUCACCAUGCAGACUGACACAUAAAUCUGUUUACAUAAUCACAUUGUGGGGACUCACUUUCCUUAUGGGGAUGAACUGCAAAAUGUUGUUGUUGUUUCAGCGUCUUCUGAUCCAGUUUAUUGGGAGAAAUCUCUUUGUUUUAGGUUCUUACCGAUUCAGUGAUUCAAUCUACAUCUACCUGCUGCUCAAAGUUAUUACUGAUUGAUUUUAAGAAGCUGCUGCUCAGCUGAGACACCUGGACACCCAUCAGCUUCAGGUAGAGCCGGAAGCUGCUGUCAUCCAGACGGGCCACGACAAUUAAAAAUUAAUAAUCUCACGAUCAAAUUCAUGCACGUUACGCAAUGUGAAUACUUUCUUUACAUCGGGUCUGAACGCACCAUGAGGAGCUCUGACAGUGUUGAUGUGCAUUUUUAUUGCAUUUGUAUUGUAUUCCAUCAUUUUACAAACAUGUUUAUUUAGGAUUUCAAUUAAACUGUAACUAAAACUUUUCUAAAGCUAGAGGUGGAGGUUUUGUUAAAGACAUGAAGGAACUUUAUUCAAUUUAAUGUAGAACAGUGAUUGCACAGUUUGUUGUAUUUUAAUAAUUUUAUCAUUUUCUGUGAUUUUGCAUCCAAUAUUAAAAGAGGACAUCCAUGUAAAUAUUGUGAUUGAUGUAAAACAUCCACUCAUUUGUUCUUAAAAAAAGGAAUGUUACAUUUUCUUUGUUGAGGUCUUGAAGAUCAUUAAAAAAACAGAUCUGAAAA